GAAUAUCUUGAGAGGCAUAUCGAGCAAGAUGGGAAGACAGUGGAAGUUAAAGGAGGAGAACAUUGCUAUUAUCAGGGAAAAAUUCGAGGAAAUUCUGUAUCAUUUGUUGCCUUGUCAACAUGCCAUGGAUUACAUGGGAUGUUCUAUGAUGGAAAUCAUACUUAUCUUAUUGAACCAGAUGAAAACUACACUUCAGAUGAUGACUUCCAUUUCCACUCUGUUUACAAAUCCAAGUUGUUUGAAUUUCCUUCAGUCGACCUGCCGUCUGAAUUCUGGCAGACGAAUACUACAUCACAGAAUUUUGUUGUAAGGCCAAGACACAAAAGAAGGAAAAGGCAGGUUCGUCAGAUUCCACGUAAAGUUGAGGAGGAGACAAAAUACAUUGAGUUGAUGAUUGUAAAUGAUCACCUAAUGUGUAAAAAGCACCGCUUGUCAGUUGGCCAUACCAACAGCUAUGCGAAAUCAGUUGUGAACAUGGCUGAUUUGAUAUAUAAGGAGCAACUUAACACCAGGAUAGUAUUGGUUGCCAUGGAAACCUGGGCUACUGAUAACAAGUUCACCAUAUCUGAAAACCCCUUGGUGACUCUACGUGAGUUUAUGAAAUAUAGGAGGGAUUUUAUCAGAGAGAAAAGUGACGCAGUUCACCUUUUUUCGGGGAGUCGAUUUCAGAGCAGUCGAAGUGGUGUAGCCCACACUGGUGGAAUCUGCUCCUUGCUUAAAGGCGGAGGUGUGAAUGAGUUUGGAAAGCCAGACUUAAUGGCAGUUACCCUGGCACAGACCUUGGCCCAAAAUAUUGGCAUUUUCUCAGACAGAAGAAAACUUCUAAGUGGUGAAUGUAAGUGUGAGGACAUGUGGUCUGGAUGCAUAAUGGGAGAUAUGGGGUACUAUCUUCCAAGCAAGUUCUCCGAGUGUGAUAUUGAAGAGUAUCAUGAAUUUUUAAACAAUGGAGGUGGAGCCUGCCUUUUUAAUAAACCAACCAAACUUCUGGAUCCUCCAGAGUGUGGCAAUGGCUUUGUGGAAGAUGGAGAGGAAUGUGACUGUGGGACAAUAGCGGAGUGUGCCAGUGAAGGAGGAGAGUGCUGCAAUACCUGCACCCUGACCGCGGGCUCCCAGUGCAGCAACGGGCUCUGCUGUCGGAAGUGCCGGUUUGAACCUAAAGGAGUUUUGUGUCGAGAAGCAGUGAAUGAUUGUGAUAUUGCAGAGAACUGCACAGGAAAUUCCAGCCAGUGUUCUCCUAAUAUCCAUAAAAUGGAUGGAUAUUCAUGCGAUAACACACAGGGUAUUUGCUUUGGAGGAAGAUGUAAAACCAGGGACCGGCAAUGUAAAUAUAUCUGGGGUGAAAAAGUGACAGCUGCUGAUAGGUACUGCUAUGAGAAGCUGAAUAUUGAGGGGACUGAGAAAGGAAACUGUGGAAGAGACAAGGACUCUUGGAUACAGUGCAAUAAACAGGAUGUGCUUUGUGGUUACCUUCUGUGCUCCAAUAUAUCCAGUGUGCCCAGACUUGGAGAACUUGAUGGUGAAAUCACGACAUCAAUCUUGCACUAUGGAAAAGUCUACAAUUGCAGUGGUGGCCACGUGAAGCUCGAUGAGGACACGGACCUGGGCUACGUGGAGAACGGGACGCCGUGUGGGCCGGACAUGGUGUGCCUGGACCAUCGCUGCCUCCCCGCUGAGGCCUUCAACUUCAGCACCUGCCCGGGCACUACCGACAGCCAGAUUUGCUCAGGACACGGGGUUUGUAGCAAUGAAAUAAAAUGCGUCUGCGACCGUUUCUGGGGAGGAGAUGACUGCAGUUCUCAUAUCAAAGAUGAUCUAUUUUUUGAUAAGGAUGCCAUCAAUAAAGGUGUGGUUAGCACAAAUAUAAUAAUAGGGGCUAUUGCUGGCACCAUUUUAGUGUUGGCUCUCGUUUUAGGAAUAACUGGUUGGGGUUACAAGUCAAAUGGAUUAUCUCAUUCCUGGAGUGAAAGGAUCCCAGACACAAAACAUAUUUCAGACAUUUGUGAAAAUGGGAGGCCUAGGAGUAAUUCUUGGCAAGGUAAUAUAGGAGGAAACAGAAAGAAAGUCAGAGGCAAAAGAUUUAGGCCACGGUCUAAUUCAACUGAGUAUUUAAACCCAUGGUUCAAAAGAGAAUAUAAUGUAGCUAAGUGGGUAGAAGAUGUGAAUAAAAACACAGAAGGACCAUACUUUAGGACACUGUCUCCUGCAAAGUCUCCGUCUUCAUCUACUGGAUCUAUUGCCUCCAGCAGAAAAUACCCUUACCCAAUGCCACCACUUCCUGAUGAAGAGAAAAAAGUCAACAGGCAAAGUGCCAGGCUAUGGGAGACAUCCAUCUAGCUGCAGUGUUUUCCUGGGGUCACAUCAGAACUGUUUACUUUGGAUUUUAUAGAAACUCAGCAUCACUGCACAUUCAUCUGCUCUUCAGACAAUUCGAAAGAUCAACAGAGAUGCCUGUGAUAUCGCAGUGAUAACCUCCUGUCAUGUGGAAAGGAAAAAAAACAGUCUUUUUUUCUUUCUUUCUUUUUUGUUGACUUGUAUUUUAUGGAUUUUACGAACAACCAAAAUCAUAACAUUUGACAGAGAAUAAUUAGCCCAGAUGUGACAAGGCUGUUCUGCAUGGUGACCUAGAAUCCCAGCUGCAGUCCAUUUGCCAGUCCUGUGUAAGAGAGGUUUUUCUCUGGUUUACUGCAGUCCUGACUCAGACCAGAGUGGAACUGGGAACCUGCCUCACGGAGAGCCCAGCUGAUGUAAACUUGUACGCUGUAUGCAUGAACCUUGUGUUCUUUACUUUCCACAUGUAAGGAAAAAACAACAUACUGUAGUAGAGAUUAGCAUGCAGGAGUAAGAAAUAUAGGAAUUUUUUUUUGUGACAGGAUUUCAAGCUUUGAAAGGCAACUAUUUGACACAAAUGGCAAACAAACAAAGAUUAUAUCUUUUUUUUUUUUUACCUUACAUGUUUAUAAUCUCAGUAUACAGAUUGUAUAUAUGUAAACAUUCAAUAAUGUCAAAAAUAGCUGUUAUACGUAUGUGUAUUUUGCCAAAUGCCUAAAGAAACAGUCAUGACUAACAUCAUCACACUUCAGAUUUUCUAAUAUUAUGAGCAGACAUCUUUGGAAAUACAGAAAGUACAGUACUGUAAAACUGUGUCUCUCAGAAACUGGUGUUUGACCAAAAUCUAUACAACUUUUUCAGCAUCUUAUACUGUCUUGACAAUCUCAAUUGUACAGUAGACUGCGGAAACCAGUACAGCAGCACUUUGUCUUAAAUCAUCAUAAAAGGAACCAGCUAAAAUCCCUUGUUUAGUAAGAUAACCACUGUAUCCUCUCACAGGUGUAAUCAAGAAUGAUUCAGCAGACAAUAGAGUAUUUAAGUCACGUGCAGCCCAAACUUACUGGACAUUUGUGAAUACUUCUAAGUGGUCAAUUCAGGAUGUGGUGAUGUGAAGUCUGUCUGUGAGAGUUGCUGUGUAUUUUUGAUAGAGCAUUUCAGACACUGUUUUAGAUGGCAAGGCAUAGGCUUAUGAGAGGCAUAACAAUUUCACUGCACUAGAUAAUAACAGUGCUGGGCAAGUGGCCAGUUUCAUUGCUGUCUUUCAAUUUUUAUUCGUUACUGGAAUCGCAUUUACCAUGCGCUUGAAUGCUAUGCUUGCUGCCCCUGAAGCCCCCUUGACAAUUUUUUGGGGCAUUAAACUGAGCACAAAUGAAUUUAGCUUAAAAAGAAGGUGGUGGGGGGGGAACAACUCUUUACCGUGUUAAUCUUGUCUGUAAGUUCAUGGUUAUAGUUCUAACACCUGAGACUUCUGAAGGUUGUUGUAAAGAAAAUGCCUUCUGGUUGGGAAUUUUCAGUUAGUGAGAAACUGGACCGUAUUAAAUCAGUCUAUAAUUCUCUGUUUUUCCAAAAUGGACUACUUGGUAGCUUCAGGUAGUACCAUUGCAGAAUAAAACACCUGACUCUUUGGUGCAGUUGAAUACCCUACACAACAGCUGUAUGAUUAAUUAGAUAUUAUUGUAAUAGGAACAUCUAUGGUGUUUCUGAAUCUUCUACCUCUUUCAUGUAUUUCCUUUAGUAAGUGAACCCAACACUUGCAGCCUUUUAAUGUAUUUUUUUAACUUUUACGUCUCUCAAUAAAGUCAGAUAUAUGUAAGAUUAAAUUAAUAAAUGUUUAAAGAUGUCGGCAGCUGUAAAAUAUGUAAGAUUUUUAGAAACUAUAUUUUAUGAUUAGGCUGUAUGUUUGAUUAUGACAAAAUAUUGGCCUUGGCAUUCAAAUGAUUUUCUCACAGUCAACAGGUUCUGGUAAGUAUUUGAAAAAAGACAAAUAUAAGUGAGCACAAGUGGGUGCAGACUGACCAUCUGGAAAGAGACAGUCACUUGUAACUGCUUUAGGGAAAGAUUCUGCAUUUUUGUGAAAGGUAAAUAUAUCAAUCAGCACUGAAGAUUAUUUUUUGCAAUGAUUUACUUUGAGUGUAGCUAUCUGGAUUAAAGAUAGUUGAUAGCAUGUAGCUUAUGAAAUUAGGGUCUGAACCAUAACUUGAAAUCAAUAUGUCUUUUGUUGACUUCACUGGACUUUGAGCAGGACCCUCAAGAGGUUCACCCACAUUAGGACAUUAUGAUAACCCGAUCAUCGCUGUAUUUCUCUGUCACCUGGAAGCUGGUUUUCCCUCCCAUAUUCAUAUCUUGUCUUUAGUAACUGGACUGUUCAUCAGGUGCCUUUUGUGGUAUUUUUUUGGAUACAAACUGAUCCCAUUAGAUUUCUGUGCAUAUCAUAUGUUUAUCAGUGUUUACUCUUCCGUUUCCAUUUUGCCUUAUCAAGAAGCAGCAAGAUUUGGCAGACAGAACUGGAGAUAACAUGCAGGCUCUUUCUGCUAUGUUCAUAGCUUCUUGUUUUGCAAACAAAUGGCCCUCCUGAUUGUAUUUUCAAUGUAGUAUGUAGUUCCAGCUUCUUUUGUUUUGGUAUAAUUCAUUUGUAGCAUAUGAUGAUACACUUAUGUGUGUAGUGUACCUUUAACAGUCACCCUCACAUUUGGAGAUAUGUAGUGACUGGAAGUUUAGUUCUGAGCACUAAGUUUAAGUUAAAUAAAUGUUAACUUUCACUUUGGUCGUCUAGCGUGAGAAUAUCACAGGACUUGUGAUCUUGCAAAACUCUUCUGCAGAGAACUUUGCAUCAGGUUGGUAACUUGGGAGACCGGAACUGGCAGGGCUGUGUGAGCCUCCCAAGCCAGUGGAAGUUGGACAGAGAAGCUGUUUGCUUACAAAGCUGUCAAUUCCUACUUUUAAAAUGUAGUAUGUUGAAAAGCUGCCAGAUUAAUAACCUUGAAGAUUGCAAAUAUUUUUAUCCACUGUAGUUAGUUACGCUGGCAAUAGCAAUAUAAACUGCUGCAUAAUACCUCAUCCAGACUAAAAUAGAGUACUUGUCACUAAUAUAGCUCAGUCAUUUUGACUAAUUGAGACUCAUGCUUUUAUUUUGGUUUUAUUUUAAUAAAUGAACAAGGUAUUGCCAACUAUGCUGUAGAUGCCUGUUGAAGCGAGGAAGCCAUCAGUUCUCAACUAGAAGUAAUUGUUUAUAUGAGCACAGGACCGGCAGGAUGAGAUAUACUUUAGUUACCUUUAUGUAUUUCGAUGUGGGAGAAGAAUCUUGUGUAAUUUAUAAUAAAAUUAAUGAUGUGACUAACUGAUGGAGACUGGAAAAUUGAGAUUGUAUCUAAAAAUAAUGCUGCACAAUGAUGCCACAGUUUAACAAGUAAAGAUUUACCUACUAAUUCUGGAUUUGCUGACUGAAGAACUUGAGUAAUCUCAGGCAAUAUACCAGAGAUGGUUGUGACUGAUUAUUUAUAUAUAUUUUUGUUACAUUUAAUUAAGUACAUUCAAGAAGAUUGUUAAUUUUAUAGAGCCUAUCUUUGCUUAGAUUGUGACUAAAGUCACAACUUGCCAGUCACCUGAAGUGUGACUUGAAGAUGGCUUCUUCCAGAUGAUUUAGAAUUCCUGAUUUAUGAGAUGUUGAACCUGCUGAGCUCAUGGGCUCAUGAAAUAAUUUUGAUUGCUCUAUUGAACAAGUGAACCUUUGAGGUAUAGCCUGAAUUAAAAUCCUAAAGAAAUUGUGUCAGUAGCUAGUGUACUGAAAUCCUCUUACUCAAAUCCCUAUUGCUGGUUUGGACUGAUUGGUCUUGUCAAUGCUAAUGCAACAUCUUUUUUCAAAACCAGAGGUAAGAACGGGUACAUACAUUAUUAUAGACAUGUGUAUACUACAAAUUCUGACCAAAUUUGCUGUAACUUCAUUAGUGAAUUGAUUAAUGGAUAGAAUGUAAUGUGUAAGAAGGAUGAGACUCUAUAAUCCUUAAGGAUACACUCUUCAGUUAGCCCUUAGGACUUGCUCUGUCAUCAAACCCCAUAGCUAGUUGUAAGCAAAGUUAUCACACUCCAGUGUAAAACUCAGUGAGCUCCUGUUCUCUUCCAUCCCCUUUUCACUUCUACUGAAAAGAAUUUUCAUGAAACAUUCAUCCACUAACAGCCUCUGUGAGUUGACUGACAUCAGAAAACUGCUAAAAGUUGGUUACCUUUCCACACUAUGGAUAGGGUCUUUCCAAUGCUGUUAAUAAUAGUGGGUUAAAUGAGGUAUUAGGAAGAAAUUCUUUACUGUGAGGGUUGUGGGACACUGGCACUAGUUGCCCAGAGGAGCUGUGGAUGCCCCAUCCUUGGAAGUGCUCAAGGCCAGGUUGGUUGGGGUUCUGAACAACCUGAUCUAGUGGAAAGUCCCGUCCAUGGCAAGGGGGUUGGAACGAGAUGAUCUUUAUGGUCCCUGCCAACCCAGACCAUCUAAUGAUUUUGUGAUCUUCUGCUUGUGCUAUAAUCAGGUGAUGAUGCCUCAUGUCUUGUUGAUUUUGCACUGGUUUUGCUUGGGAUGAGUUAAUUUUCUUCACCAGAGCUGGUAUGAAGUUGUGGUUUGAAUUUGUGCUGAAAACACUGUAGAUAAUACAAGGAUUUUUUCAGUUAUUGCUGAGCAGUUCUUGCAAUGAGCCAAGGCCUUUUCAGCUCUUCACAUGCCCCACCAGUAAUUGGGCUUGGGGUGCACAAGGAGUUGGGAGGGGACACAGCCAGGACAGCAGACCCAAGGGAUACCCUAAACCAUAUGAUGCCAUGCUCAGCAACAGUCCAGGGGGAAGGCUGGCAGUGAAGAACUGCAGCUCAGAGAUUGGCUGAGCACUGGUCUGUUGAUGGUAAGCAAUUGUUUUCAUUUGCAUCACUUGUCUUUUUGGCUUUUAAUUCCCUUUUAUUUAUUUUUUAUUAUUAGUCCAGUUAUUUAAUUUUAAUUAUUUAACUGCUCUUAAGUCAACCCAUGAGUUUUCUCACUUUUACCUUUACAAUUCUCUUGCCAUCCCACUGGGUGUGGGGACUGAGCAAGCAGCUGUUUUGGGGCUUAAUUACUUGUGGUUAAACCAGAAUACUACUGGUAAAACCACUUGGUGUCUCAGCCAUCCUGUGUCUGUCUCACCUUCUAGCAUUUUUGAAGGCUAAACCUCAUAAAUCACCAAGACUGUGAACCUAACAGUUCAGCUGUUUCCUGUUUCUCUUGCUCCAAGUCUGAAAAUCAUGUUUCUUUCUCUAAACUGAGUUUCAGUGUCACGGGAUAACAGUGGACUGUAUGGACCACUGUUUUUAACCACAAUAUGAUGUUAUUUGCCUCAUUUUUAAAGAGCUUGAGCAUUGCAGUCUCUGCUGAAUACCAAGAAUGGAUGAGCUGAUGACCCACUAUUUGCAUGGCUUCCAAAUCUUAUGUAUCAGCAAUAUGGGAUUUGACUUGGAUCACAUUUGACGUGCUCAGUUGGUCGGAGCUCAGUGUUAAUAACGCCAGGGUCACAGGUUCAAUCGCCCUAUGGGCCAUUCACUUAAGAGUUGGACUUGAUUAUCCUUGUGGGUCCCUUCCCCAGAAUAUUCUGUGAUUCCUGAAGACAAAUAUGAGUAAACUGCAAAAAUAUGUGCAGGUUGUGAUCCCACGACUGGACAGUGGAAUGAGGUUCCUGUGUGCACAUAACUAUUUUAUCCUCAUAGGCAAGAAAAAUGAAACAGUGAAACUAAUUGUGUAAACAUAGCUGCAAUACAAACAGGACUCUCUUAAGUGUGAUUUUGUCAGAAACAAAAAAGAAAGUAAUAGUUUCUAUCAUCUAUGCUAAAAAUCUCCGAUGCAAGUAGUUUCUAAGUCAGCUAAUGGAAACCUUUUCUGGUGUCUCAAGUAUGGAUGCUGAUGUAAACUGCAGCUUUGGAAACAGCACCUUAUGCACAUGGUAUCUUGUGAUUCCACAAGAGUUUUCUGUAUUUAGAGAAAAGCACUGCAACAGGCAACAUUCCUAUAUUAUCUCAGCCAAGAAAGAAAACAAGCAGUAAAAAUAAGUUCAGAACACAGAUAUUGCUCACACUUGAGAUAAUGUACCUGGCUACAAAAUUAGCUCACCUAGCUAGGUCUGGCAGUUCUAGCUCUUUAAAAUCCAGUCUAUACCAGUUUCAAAAUCACUUCAGCAAAACCAGCUUUAAACUGUUUAAAAACUUCUGCUACUUAAGAUGGGCCAUAAUUGCCAUAUAACUCAGAAAGAGAUGAGGAAAAUUUGUGAAAAUAAGCACAGAGCAGUUAAAAAGAAACGUUAUCUAGGGGAGGAGUAAAGGAAUCAACACAAUUUUUAAUUGCUAGAGAAUAAAAUGUCAAAGCAACAAUCUUUUAUUUUUCUGUUUCUGUAUUCCUCUGAAUAAGAAAAAAUAAAGCUUUUGUUUUAAAAAAUAUCAACAUGAGGCCUUAAGACCUUACAUAUUCUAACUUUAGCAUGGAGAGUCUAUUUUUACAACCAUGUUAGAAAUUCUGUAAAUAGGCCUGACUGACCUUGUAAGUGGAGUGGUGUGAGCAGCUAAUCAUGCAAUAUUGUAAGGCUCUGCAGAACAGCAAAUGCUGAUUUAGUUUGAUUAUUGGUACAAGAACUCCUGCUCACUGCCUGUGUAGACUCUGCAUAUUUUACGCUUGGAAAUACAGUCCAGAACAUACUCAAACUGUGAAUAUAUAACCUGAUUUUUCUUUUCUUAAGGAUAAAAAUAUAUUACAAUAGGUAAUAUUUUAUAUAGAAUACAGUACUUAUUUUUAUUGUUGCAUAAAUGCAAAAUAUUUUUUUCAGAAUAGCAAAGCAUUAUGGAAUUUUUAAUCUGCUGGAGAAAACACUAUUUACUGUAUGACCAGUUCUUUCAGCAAAGCUUUUGGGGUGGUAUAUACCAAAUGGCUCUGCCAGCUUCAUUUUGUGCUGAUGUUUAACUUGGGCAUUGCUGUAAAAAAAAGCUGUUUUUUCACUCAUACUAGCCAUUACUGAAAGAGGCAAGGAGAAUCAUGUUUCACCACUGUGGCUGGGCUAGUGUUGGCAAAAACAAUGAUUUGCAUCAUAUCAUUGUCUUUGCUAGUUGAAAUUCUUUAAAAAUCGUACCUGAUGUAUUAAGAAUGCAAGAUUUUGACAAACAUCAAAAUGAAGCACUGCAGUUUACAACUUUCUAGCUUUGAGUGUGAUAUUUUUGUCAUAAACAUUACAGGCAUUGGGCUGUUGAAUGAAUCUGGCUUUCAUGUAGCUAAAUAAAAUGUUGCUUUUUAUAAAAUCAAAUCAUUGUAAUUUGGGGUUCUAAAUUCCUGCUCACUUUUAAUAAUAACAGCGUCACAGUAUCCACUUCUACAAGAGUAUUUAAUACAAAUGCCUGUGGUUUUCAAUGUUACUAACAUAUUGUAACAUCAGUAAAGUGACUUUCAAUGACAAA